UUCUAAAUCACCGUUUAGAGACAAGACACCUAUUGCCUCAGUUAACUUAGCUCUUAAAUCACCAUUUACAAAUAUCAGCGACAAAUUGAAUGAGGUUCUGUUACAUUAUUCGCAAUUAGGAAGUAGCUAUUGCACAUUAAAAGCAGGAACUAAAUAGCCUUUGUUAUUUGAUUGAAAUUAUCUCCAUACACAUUAGACUGUUCUGUGUAGUUAUUGACUUGCAGUUACUUUAUGCUCCACUCUUGCUGUGAAUUGAUAAUGGCGGUUAACAUCUUCUUUUGUGCAAUUGCCUUCUUCAUUUGUCUGUUGGUUAUGCUUGAUAUCGUCUUUCACUUCAAGAAACGAGUAGGGCGCAGACUCCCACCAAGUCCCAUAUCCUUGCCAAUCAUUGGUCAUAUGCAUCUCAUUUCUGCAGUCCCUUACCGAUCUUUUCACAAACUCUCAAUCCAAUAUGGUUCAUUGAUCUAUCUUCGCCUAGGUUCCAUUUCAUGCAUGGUCGUUUCUUCUCCUGAAUUAGCAAAAGAAUUUCUCACAACCAACGAACUAAACUUUGCUUCACGCCCUGUAACCAUAGCCGUCAAUUACAUCAAUUACAACUCAGCUGGCUUCGCUUUUGCUCCUUCAGGAACCGUGUGGAGAUUCAUGAAAAAGGUUUUGAUGUCUGAGUUACUCGGUGGCCAGGCUCUGGUGAAACAUCGCCACAUCCGAAGAGAUGAGAUCCAUAACUUAGUUCAGCUGUUGAUAAGAAACUCUACCAAUGGGGAUAGAGUAAACGUUUCAGAAGAACUCCUGAAUCUUUCAAAUAACAUAAUUAUGCGAAUGAUGGGCAGUGUCAAGUUUUCUACAAGUAGCAAAGAAGGGGAGGAGAUUCGCUCCCUUGUUAGGGAGGUUACAAAGAUUUUUGGUCAGUUCAAUCUCUCGGAUGCUUUUUGGUUUCUAAGGAACAUGGAUUUGCAAGGGUACCUUAAGAAAUCUACUGAUAUAAGACGCAGAUAUGAUAUUUUACUUGACAGAAUCAUGCAUGAACGUGAAGAAGCUAGAACUAAGAAAGAAAGGACGACUGUUAACGUCGGUACCGGUUGUAAUAUGGCGAAAGAUUUAUUGGAUAUAUUACUUGAUGUGUCUGAAGAUAUGAACUCAGAGAUGAAACUCACUAGAGCUAAUAUCAAGGCCUUCCUCUUGGAUAUCAUGACGGCUGGAAUAGAUACAACAGCUAGUUCAGUCGAAUGGGCGCUAGGGGAGCUCAUUAAUCAUCAAUGCAUGCUUGAGAAAGCAAGAGGAGAAAUAGAUUCUGUUGUGGGAAAGAAUGUCAGGUUGGUGGAUGAAUCUGAUCUACCAAAUCUUCCUUACAUUCAAGCUAUCUUCAAAGAAGUGCUUCGUCUUCACCCUCCUGUACCCAUGCUUUUAAGAGAAUCCGCCAAAGAUUGCACGGUAGCAGGCUAUGACAUCCCAGCCAAGACUUGGCUGUUUGUCAAUGUAUGGUCCAUCACUAGGAACCCCAGCUACUGGAAAGACCCUUUAGAAUUUCGGCCUGAGAGGUUUAUGAUGUCGAUGACACAGAAUUCGGCUCUCCAUGAAGGUGUUAAUGGUAAAUGUGAUCAAGAUAGCACUAGCCGAAUGAAUAGGGAUGUCAGGGGUCCACACUUCGAUUUGUUGCCAUUUGGUACUGGUAGGAGAGGAUGCCCUGGAAUUGGAUUGUCUUUACUUGAAGGUCCAACAUUAUUGGCCGCUAUAAUCCAAUGCUUAGAUUGGAAGGUAGUCGGCAUUAAUGGAAGCAAAGUAGUUGACAUGACCGAACGACCUGGAGUAAUUGUACCCAUGGCCAAUCCAAUCAUACUUGCCAUCAGCACUCGUUUCAAUCCAUUCGAAUCAGAUACUGGAAGAAAAUAAAUAUGCUGACGGAAUGUGCUUUCAUAUUCUGCAAGAGUUCUGGUACUAGUGACGUAAUUGAGACUUCAGAGUACUGCACGCGUUUUCUUGGUUUACUGCAUUUUGGUUUAAAGUACAAGUUAUAAUUGUACUUCCAACAAAAUAAAUGGUGUAUCUGUAUUAGGCUUACUCCGCAGCUUGUAAGAACUUAAAAGUUGUUAUAUGUAUCCUAAUUUUGUGUAUAAAUCAUCCCUGGAUUUACAUCCAACAAAAGCAUAG